UACUGUCGCACUGGUCACAUGCUGCAGCACGGCACCGCUGAUAGGAGCGCGUCAGCGUGCGCCACAGGAAGUAGUUUCUGUGUAGAGGACGUCCGAAUCUGUGCAGGCAUGCCGUUUAUUGACGUCCAGAGUAAACUUGGAAUCAACAUAGAUAAAUGGAUGUUACUGCAGAGCUCACAGCAACCAUAUCGCUGGGUUUCUUCAUGCCAGGCAUUUGAGAAAGAGUGGGUGGAAUGCUCCCAUGGAAUUGGACAGAUCCGAGCACGAAAGGAAUGCAGGUUGGAAUAUGAAGACUUCUAUGAGUGCAUGAGCAGAAACAAAUUGAGACAGAGAUUGCAGGCAAUCCAAGAACAAAAGAAGAAGCUGGAGAAAGAAGGAAAAUAUAAGGCACCAGAUUUCAGCAAAGAUGACAACAGUCCUUAAUCCGUAAAAAAGCCAUCAAUUUUUGUUCAUUACAGCACCAACAAGUUACACAGCGCUUUAAAGCAAUUACUCACUCUAUGUUGUGAAUCCCAAAACUUGCAUUACAUUUUGAAAUUAUUAAAUUGAUCCUUACUGGUC